AUGGCUGAAGACCCGAUUGUGCCCGAGCUAAGGCUGGGUCUAUGCCUUUAUCGAUUGGGAAGAGGUGAUUACUACUACACAAUUGCCGAAAUGGUAGGACUGGGUGUUUCUACGGUUUGCUCGAUUGUUCAAGAAGUGUGUCAAGCCCUUGUAGAACAAUUGUGGACAAACACGAUAUCUAGACAUAUGCCACAAUCACGACAGGAAGUUACGAAAAAGAUCUUGGAUAUGGAGGAGUUCUGGCAGUUUCCUUGCUGCUGGGCUGCAGUUGACGGCUGCCACAUUCCCAUAAAGUGUCCCUCUGGAGGUCUAGAGGCAUCGAAAGAGUACCAUAACUUUAAAAAUUUUUAUUCCGUUGUUCUUAUGGCAUUAGUUGAUUCACAUUAUAGAUUCAUAUGGGGCAGUUGCGGUUUUCCAGGAAACUCGCACGAUUCUAUAAUUUUCCAAUCGACUGUCUUGUGGGAUUCAAUCCAAGAAAGCUGCAUUCCUGAAAUGGGUAGGGUUGUAGGAACAGUGAAUGUUCCUCCAUUGAUUGUGGGAGAUGCAGCUUUUCCUCUUCGGACAUGGCUCAUGAAACCAUAUACCGAUGCAGUUUUAAGCCCUCAGCAGAAAUACUUCAAUUACCGAUUGAGCAGAGCCCGUAUGGUUACAGAAGGUGCGUAUGGGCAACUGAAGGGAAGAUGGAGGGUUCUACUUCGUAAAAAUGAGUGUGACAGGGAUCUGGUAAGCCUUGGUACUCUUGCAUGCAUGAUUCUACACAACAUUUGUAUUGAACAGGGCGAUUCACUUUCAAAGAAACUCGACCUUACCUUUAACCCAGACACCCUGGGUAAGCGAAACCGCGAUGAGAUCAGAGAACUAUUACAAAUGACUGACUGUCCAAAAACAAAAGAUACCGGAGCUUUGGCAAAGAACGUUAGAGAUGCACUUUGUCAAAAAGUGUGGUUAGAGAAAGAAACUGGAAAAGUUUCUUGA